GAUGCCGAGCAGCCCGCGGGCGGCCGCGGCCGGGCAGCCCCGUGGAACGCGGAGACGCUGAAAAUUGUUACAUCGCGUUCGGAAGUUGGAAUCCGGGGCGCGGCGGAGCCCGCGUGGGGAGCUGCUGCUGGGGCGCCGCUGACCUCUGCCCCGCCCGGCCUUGUAUGGACUGUACUGCUCGCCUGCAGCCAUGGGGAAAAUGCUGUCCAAGAUCUUUGGCAAUAAGGAGAUGCGGAUUCUGAUGCUAGGCCUGGAUGCGGCCGGCAAGACCACCAUCCUUUACAAGCUGAAGCUGGGCCAGUCGGUCACCACUAUCCCCACCGUGGGCUUCAACGUGGAGACGGUGACCUACAAGAACGUCAAAUUCAACGUCUGGGACGUGGGGGGCCAGGACAAGAUCCGGCCCCUCUGGAGACACUACUAUACGGGUACCCAGGGGCUCAUCUUCGUGGUGGACUGCGCCGAUCGCGACCGGAUCGAUGAAGGCCGGCAGGAGCUGCACCGCAUCAUUAACGACCGGGAGAUGCGGGACGCCAUCAUCCUCAUCUUUGCCAACAAGCAGGACCUGCCCGACGCCAUGAAGCCCCACGAAAUCCAGGAGAAACUGGGACUGACACGCAUUAGGGACAGGAAUUGGUAUGUCCAGCCCUCGUGCGCGACAUCUGGGGAAGGACUCUGCGAAGGUCUGAUGUGGCUGACAUCCAAUUACAAAUCCUAAUCCCGGCUUUUUAUACCCA